GUUGUUUUCUGCCAGAGCGUUCUCAAUCAGAGGGGUAGGAAAUCAGGACGUGCCGGUGGAACGUUAUCUGCUCGCACCGGACACCCAUCGUCGUCAUCUUCCGACUCCCCCCGGCUCGCCAGGAACCUCGUGAGCUAUCAUGCAGCAGCAGCACAUGGUCGCGGCGUGCAAGCCCCCCCACGCCGUGCGGCGGGCGGCGCUCCCGCUGCCCGGGCCGUCGCUCCGACGAGCUUUCCCUUGCAAUCCAGCGAGGGCGCGAGAGGCGGUGAGGACGAGAUGCCAGGAAGAGAAGCAGAGCGGUGAUGGCGGCGAGAAGAAGCAGCAGCAGGAGCAGGAGAAGAGGACGUUCCUGAGCCUGGAGGAGGCCGGGCUGGUGGAGAUGUCCGGGCUCAGCACCCACGAGCGCUUCCUCUGCCGCCUCACCAUCUCGUCGCUGAACCUGCUGCGGGUGAUCUCGGAGCAGGAGGGGGUGGCGAUGGAGGAGCUCAACGCGGGGCGGGUGUGCGACUGGUUCCUCAAGGACAAGCUCAAGCGGGAGCAGAACCUCGACACCGCCGUCCUGCAGUGGGACGACCCGCCGCCCAUCUGACCCCGCCGUCUUUGGGUGCUGCCAUUUUCUUUCCUGUCAGUUCCGUCGUCGACAGAUGACUCACGGAAGGACCGAUCGAGGAUGGAUGGACGCUCUCUCGGCAUACAAGGAGUUCAGACUUGAGUAAUCAGUAGUGUAGUUUCACGAUUGCAUCAUCGCGCCGGAUGACCAUCUGUAACACUCCCAUGCAUGAUAGUAGAUGAUGCUUCAUUGCCAUUUUUUCUUUGUCGAUUGCACUCAAGCCGCGGGCAUACUUUUUUCCUGGAUCAUUCAAAUAUCUCCGUCCCAUAUUACUUGUUGUUCAAACAGGUGUAUCGAGCAUUGAAAUACGUCUAAAUAGUAGUACUUGUUGUCCCA